GUCAUUCUCCUUCUCCCAUAAUCUUUCUCUCUUCCCACUUUUAGCGCAAGAAGUUGGUCUGUAUCCACUCCUCUUUGCUCAACCUUUGAUGGCGAAAAUCUCACAGAAGAACCAAAAGAACCCAUCAAAGCCUACAACAAAGGCAAAGCGGUCGCGGAAAAGCGUACCACGAGACUCUCCUCCGCAACGGAGUUCUAUUUAUCGAGGUGUCACAAGGCAUCGGCUGACGGGACGAUAUGAAGCCCAUUUAUGGGAUAAGAAUUGCUGGAAUGAGUCCCAGAACAAGAAAGGAAGACAAGGUUCUUGCUCUUCUUCUUCUUCUUUUGGCUAUACCUUUCCCUGAAUUGUACAAGAAAGCAAUUUCCAUUUUAUUAACAUCGAUCAUGAUUGGCUUCUUCUUUUUGUUGGCACCGGUGAUGGAAUCCCAUGAAAAUGCAGUAUAUUUAGGGGCUUAUGAGGAUGAAGAAGCAGCAGCACAUGCAUAUGACUUAGCUGCAUUGAAGUAUUGGGGACACGACACCAUCCUCAACUUUCCAUUAUCUACUUACAAGGAAGAGCUCAAGGAAAUGGAGGGUCAAACAAAAGAAGAAUACAUUGGAUCCUUGAGGAGGAAAAGUAGCGGGUUUUCUCGAGGGGUCUCAAAAUAUAGAGGAGUAGCAAGGCACCAUCACAAUGGAAGAUGGGAAGCUCGGAUUGGUAGAGUGUUCGGCAAUAAAUAUCUCUACCUCGGAACAUAUGCUACGCAGGAAGAAGCUGCGAUGGCAUAUGACAUGGCGGCCAUAGAGUACAGGGGAGUUAACGCCGUUACCAACUUUGACCUCAGUCGUUACAUCAAUUCGCUCCGUCCAAAUAACACCAACAAUCCCACCAUCACUCAACAAAACCCUAAUGGUCACACUAAUUCAAUCCAAAACCCUAACCAAGACCAUGGAUUACAAUCUUCUCCCUCCCUCAAUGACAAUCAAACAUCGAAUGUUAGCGAAUCACCACGGACCGACAGUGGUGGUGCCUCGGAAUCAUCUGGUGUAGGGCUUUUAUUCCAAUCCUCAAAGUUUAAGGAAAUGUUAGAGAGAACAUCUAGCAGCAGGGAUUGUCCAUCAACACCGCCUGCAGAGCCUUGUCCGGCAAGGCGGAGCUUUCCCGACGAUAUUCAGACGUACUUUGAUUGCCAGGAUGGUGAUAAUAUUAUAUUUGAUGAGCUGGAUUAUACAUUUACUUCGCCGAUGUUUGAUUGUGAGCUGGACAUGAUGCGGGUUAAUUAAUUACCACUUGUAAACAGUUAGCGUCAAUACACGUGCGAAGGGUAAGAUGGUAAUUGGGAACGGUGGCAAAAAGACAAUUUCAUUCAUUUUUAAAUUCGAGAAGAAGAAAAUUUCUUGAUUUUUGUAGUUCUUCUUAAAUGUAGAUAUACAUGAAGAUAUAUGUAGACAUUCAAUAUGAUUACUAUCCUCUUUUUUUUCUUUUUUUUUUUAAUGAUAAUAAAACCUCAUAUUGUAA